UUGGGGUCGGGCGCACUGUUUUCAUGUCGUCUUUUCCAGAGAUAGAGUAACGUCUUUAUCCUUAUUUCUCAGGCAGGAGGAAUUACAAAAAGGAACCAGAGAAAACCAGCCUGCCACUGACGCGUUUCCCAGCAACCGUUUCCACAGCAACCACGCGGCCAACAACGCUAAGCAGUCCCAAGAGAAGCAGAAUAUUUUCUUCCUGAAAAGGGGCUGCCACCACAGGGUCAAGGGAGAUUAUAAAAGGGAGAGAUUUUUAGUUCCUAGAUAAGUGAGCAAGAAAAGGAAAAAGGGGUGAAAGAAGGACAGCGUGAUCGUGAGACAAAAGUUGUGUAGUUGUUAAGGAAUUCUUUGGUGGCCAUGGACCCACCCUGCACUUCUGAGAGUAUUUAUAACCUCAUACCCAGUGACUUGAAGGAGCCGCCCCAGCCUCCUAGGUAUACAUCAGUGUUUAGAGCAUCUAUAAAAGAUGACCUGAAGAAAUUCAAAACUGCAAUGAAAACUAUGGGGCCUGCAAAAGUUGAACUACCCUCCCCAAAGGAGUUUCUAAAGAAACAUUCUAAGGAAAAAAUGCUACCACCUAAAAAAAAGUUUAAUAAGCGUCUUUCCAAGAUGCCUGCAGUGCCCUUGAGGACUGAUCAUCCAGUCAUGGGAAUACAGAGUGGGAAAAACUUCAUAAACACAAAUGCAGCUGAUGUCAUCGUGGGCGUAGCCAAAAAGCCCAAGCCAAUUUAUGUUGACAGAAGAACUGGAGAUAAGCAUGAUCUUGAAACUUCAGGACUACUCCCCAAGUACAUCAAUAAAAAGGAUUACGGCAUCACGCCUGAAUACAUAUGUAAGCGAAAUGAGGAUGUGAAGAAAGCCCAAGAAGAGUACAAUAAUUGUAUUCAGGAGAACCUUGAGAAAGCAGCCCUGAAGAGGCUUUCUGACGAAGAGAGGGAGGCCGUUCUGCAGGGGCUGAAGAAGAACUGGGAGGAGGUGCACAAAGAGUUCCAGUCCCUCUCAGUCUUCAUAGAUUCCAUACCAAAGAAGAUUCGCAAGCAGAAGCUGGAAGAAGAAAUGAAGCAGCUGGAACACGACAUCAGCAUCAUUGAGAAGCACAAGGUCAUCUACAUUGCCAACAAGUGAGUGGGUGUUGAGAACAGAACCAGAAGACAGGACAACAAACAAACACCCCAUGAAGGACAUCAGACUAAACCUACUCUUCUCAAAGAGGACUAUGAAGAGAAUAAAAAGUUUUCACUGAAAAUGUAGGCCAUGUUGAAAGAAUAAUUGGAUUAUUUGCUUGUUCAAGGGAACACGUUCUCCUCCAGUAUCACAGUGCUGCUCAUAAACAAACCAUUAAAGUUGGAAGGUGAAUGCUAGGGUCUGCAUUCUAUAAUGUCAGUCCCGGUAUUGCUGAGUACUGGUUUCACAUUAACAUUAAUUUUAGACUUUGAAACAUAAAAACAUUUAGCAUUUCUGUUUGGUUGGGUUUUUUUUGGUGGGGGAGGGUCUUCAUGGGUGACUCCGAGAGCACAGUGUAGGACACCAUGCAUGUCAGUAGCACGUGACUCCUGCUACUAAGGGGCUUCCUGUGUGUCGCUUCUAAACUCUAAAAAUUUGAAACAAAUUCUCGGGGGUCCAGUGUUAUUUGUAAUUAUUUCUAACUCUAAAUAUUUUCUGUAUCUUCAUACUAUGCAUGACAAAAGGUUUAUUUAAAGAUAGGAAAAUUAAGAAAAUUCGUGAAAGGCUCAGUGAGAAUGCACCCAUGUGACAGACUGGCCAUUCCAGACAGGCCAGGAAUGUAGCACAGUAGCAGGCACCUGAAAGAUCACUGCGAGUAAGGGAGGGAGCAACAGGACACAGGUGAAGGAGGCAGGGGUGACUCGUGGAGUCUCAGCACACCACAAAGGGUGUGAAUGAACAAAAACAAGAGAAAAGGCAAAAUUCCAGUAUCCUGAUUUCAAAGCCUGUGAUAUUCUGAGUUAGUCGGUGAUUCACUACGAGUACUUCACUAAGCUACGUCUGCUUCCAUCUGGGUCCAGUGUAAACAUCAAUUUUUUUUUAGUCCAGAGCUAUUUUUUAAAGAUUACACAGCUUAUUAAACAACAAAUUUAUGCACCUAAAGAUGUCUUCCACUCAAAAUAAUAAAUCAAUUGCAUACUGAAGAAAGAAAUUACUUUUUAAUGGAUUUUAAGUGAGGAAACCUGGUUGGCAUCAGUACUGCAAACAGCCUGAGAAAUAUAGCUUAUAUUAUUUUCACUGGGUUUUUAAACACGGGAAAAAUAUGACAGUCCUUUUGAAACAUUUUACAUGCAAAGAAUUUGAGACAUCAUUAAAAAGCUUGUAUA